AUGCCCGUGCCCGCGCGGCGCCUGGGGUGGGCGGCGCAGAGCGCGGCGCUCCCCGUGAUCGCGCUGGACCUCUUCAACACGCACCUCCGCGCGCCCCUCCACAUGCGCUGCCACGGCCGCGCCUGCCCCGCCUUUUCCCCCUGCGGGGACACCUUCGGGAACGUCGCCGCCUGCUGGAACCCCGAGCUCUCCGCGGAUAAGAAGAAGCUCUCGCGCGCGCCUCUGAACUGCCCCAGAGUUACUAAGGAGUUGCGGAGGGAGGAGUAUGGGGAUGGCGGAAUUGGGGAGGAAGGGGAGGGGGAGGGGGAGGAUGGGCUGAGGGCGAAUCUGACGUGUUCUCAUGCUGAGGACUUUAUUUUGCAUGACGCUGUUGCUUUCCAGAUCUUUCGGCUGAACCACGUGUUUGUGACGAACCUCGGUUUCACAUUCAAUCGCACGCAUAGGUUCGUGCGCAACGGCUGCCACGCCUACGCCGAGUUCAACUUUCCUGCAGGCACACGGGUCCACAAGGUAGCCUGGGCCAUCAACUGGGCGCACGGGUCGGGACUAGCCUUCUUCCACAUGCUCGUGGAGGCUGUGCCGCAGUUCUUCAACCUCGCGCCCGUCAUGCCCGCUUUCUCGGGCAUCCGUGUGCCAAUCGUCUCCUCUGCAAAGCAGGCGAGGGUUUGGGACAGGUUGGUGGCGCCGCUGGUGGGUGUAUCACGGGAGAGAGUGCAGCUGAUAGCUCCAGAGGAGAACCACCUCAUCUUUGCACACGAGCUUAUUGAGCCGUCCCGGCAGUACUGCGGGGUGCCAGCGCGGGGACUAUGGCACAGCCUGCGGCGGCGGCAUCUGCUGCACCCGCAGGGCCUUCCCAUCUUCCACCGCAACUGGACGCAGAGAAACCUCACCCCCCUCACGGAUGACCAAAUGGCGCUGCUGCCCGCCGACUGGGUGGUGCUGCUGGUGCGGCGGCCGGGCAAGGAGAGGGUGAUGGAGAGAGAGGGCGACCUGGAGGCCAGCAUGAGGCACGUCUUUGGCGACCGCCUGGUGGUCUACGGCACGUCGCUGCCCAUCCUGGAAGGUGAGAUGGGGUUGCUGGGUGAGAGUGGGUUGCAAGGUGGGAGUGGGUUGCAAGGUGGGAGUGGGUUGCAAGGUGGGAGUGGGUUGCAAGCCCGAGCGCUGUUCCGGAGGGCGCGGCUGGUGGUGGCGGUGCACGGGGCGGGCUUCUCUCUUUCUAACUCUCGCUCUCGCUUCCUCCUCCCCAUCCCCCAUCCAGCCCGAGCGCUGUUCCGGAGGGCACGGCUGGUGGUGGCGGUGCAUGGGGCUGGUCUCUCCCACACCAUCUUCAUGCCCUCCAAUGCCUCCGUGCUCGAGAUUCGCCCUCGGGAUUACCAUAACACGUGCUUGCACCAUCUUGCAGAAGCCUGCGAUCUCAACUACUAUUUGGUGUUGGGGGAAGGGAAUAAGAAAGGCACUGCUUUAGGCAAGCCACCGGCGUUAGUGCCAACCCCUGCAGGCACCUAUGGAGAAAGCUCCCCUGCUAUCAGCUCUCUGUCGAACUCCUCUCGAUCUGAGUACACCGUGACGUCUCAAUCAUCGAUGCAAGCAGCAGAGCAGCAGCAGCAACACCACUAUCAGCAGCAGCAGCAGCAGCAGCAGCAGCAGCAGCAGCAGCAGCAGCAGCAGCAGCAGCAACAGCACGAACGGCAGCCGCGUCUGCUUCCCAUGCCUCCUGACGUUAACACCCAGGCACAGCAGCAACAGCAGCAGCAGCGUCGAACCCGAUCGACCAUUAGCUUCUGGCUCGCUGCGUUGCAGGAGGGGUGCUCGCUAGUGAAGCUGUCUAAAGCGGGGAUGGGGAGAGGCCAGCCGAGGAGCUUCGUGGUGGUGGUGGAGAAUGGAGGAUCGUUAUCACUGAAAUGGGAAAAGCAAGGUCUUAUGGGAAAAGUGGCAAGAUCAGCCCAGCUGCUUUCCACCGAACCCACCAACGCAGCUUCCUGGGAGUUUCUCAUGGAGACCUCUGCAGGGGCCAUAGUGGCGAGAGCACCGUCAGAAGACUGGUUUCAGAUCUGGACCGAAGGCAUGGUGUCUGUGUUUGAGUAUGCACGCUCCAUGAGGGGGUAUGGGAGCAGCAGAGAGCGGAAAUAG